AUCGAGCAGAUAAACUAAUCCAAACAGCAAAGUAAACAAAAACAAUAAAUAAUGUUGCAAAUGAUACAAGGCGUCGCUGUGGCCUGCAUAAUGCUGUUAUUAAUGUCCUGUCUACGGCCUUUGAGUAUUUUGUUCCUGGGCCUCUUCAGCUAUUGGCUCUAUAGGACGCGCUGCAGCUUUCGCAUUGUGCCAACGCCACAGCUACGCUCCAAAUUUGAAUCGUGGACUGCAAGCGCGGAGGCGUGGCGUCGAUGCAGUCCGGGAAUGUUCUGCUUGGUGAGCAACGUCUGCCUGGGCAGUUUGGCCCUAUUGGGGCAUUUGAUCUGCGGCUCGGCGCUGGUGCUGGCGUUGCUUGUAGUCUCUGCGCUUAUCUCCACCAAAUACAACUUUAAGCUGCUGCAAUUCGAGCGCAAAGAUUUUCAGCUCAACGAGAACUUUAGCUGUAGCAACCCUGAGCCUGAGUUCGAAGAUGAAUUCCUGCCCCACAUAACUGAUGACAAUCUCUUUGUGCUGGAGCGUGCCAGCGAUGUGGCCACACUGAGCGCUGCCUGCGUCGAGGAGGAGGACGACAUACCCUCAGAGCUACUUAUAUCUGAUUCCAUACCCGAGAUUGAUGAGCACUCCACGGACGAGGAUGAUGAGCUAGCGCCAGCCAAGCAGGUCAACAAACAGAACAAGCGAAAGCAGCAGCAAUCAGAGAGUCAAGAGCAAGCAGUAAACAGCGCCAACGCCAUGGACUCUCCGCUGUCCACCACUUCGUCCUCGUCGGAGGAGAGUCUGUCCAAGGGUCUGCAGUUUCCCGAUCACAACAGCGUCGAUGCCGGCAGUGCAACUGCCCUAUUUCAGUUGGGCAGCAGUCAAACAGAUGCCAGCAGCCAGUCACAAGCACUGCUGCCCAGCUUUGUCAGCGGCUUGGCACAGUGGGGCGGCGCCAGCGGUAGCGGCGAUAGCACAGCACUCACCAAAUAUCAGUAGCGGCGACAGGUGACUUAGCUGGAUUCAUCCGACGAUAGUGACUUUGAGACACUCGAAACAAAUGACUUUAAGUAAAGCCGCAGCAUAACACAAGUAGCAGCAACAAUAAGUAUACGCAGCGUAUUACAUACAGUUCAAGACACAAACACAAGAUUUUUGCAGAAGGAGAGAUAUUAUUA